CAGUAACACACAUGACCGGCUGCUGCGUCCUAAUGUCUUAUGCGACCGUCCGGUUCAAGGGGAAAUGAUUCGGACUGACGUGAACCUGCUAAUAUUUAAACGAGCAAUGCUUUAAUUGGGAUCCGGAAGUUUGAGAUCGACUCAAUGGAACUGGCAUCGGCGCUAUCGGCGUGUUGUCCCGGAGAGCGCGGGUCUUUGUUCGGCGUGGAGCGGCCCCGUGUCCUCCGUGUGGGGGGCUCGCGUGGAGCAGAUGCGUCGCUGAGGGUCGGACCCGCUCUCUGGACCCCCCCCCCGCCCGGUUGUGAUGGAGCAGCGACGUGGGAGCUUGGAUCAUCUACAGCCUCAAGACCUCCCCACGGCCAGCAUCCCCAAUGUGAUUGACCUGACCAGGAAGGGCGAGGAAUGUGUCCUCAGCAGCCCGUCCCUCGAUGCUCUGCGUAUGGUGAAGGACCCUUGCUGGUACCCAAAUUCAGUGCCCGGCAACCCCGAACUACCGUUCUUGGAGACGGGCUCCUCAGAAACCGCUCUCCAAUCAGGGGAUCCAAUUCAACCAGAAGAUGCCUUCUCCCACACUACAGUAACCCUCUCCUACAUGAGCAGGUCUCACGUCUUCUCCUCUCACGACUCCCUGUAUGGUGUUCCGCCUAUCGGCAAGUUGUCCCUCCACCCUCCUUGUGACUUGGAUAAAGGGCGUAAGGAGUCUGGCUAUGCACUGAACCAGCACUACUUGGAGCAGGUCGGUGGGUCCGGGGACCUUGCCACUCAGACGGACUUCUUUCAGUCUGUGACUGCGGCUCAGGUGGGAGCCGAGAACAGUGGGGGAGGAUGUCUACUGCAGGAGUCUCAGAAGUUCGAGGGUGGAAGCAACUCCAGCUGCAGAGAAAUGGACAAGCAUGGAAACGGCAAGAAGUAUCACGGUCUCCCUCUGGACAGGAGUGCGGGUUUGGAAGAUGAACACGAUGAUACCUGCGCCAGUUCUGGAGCAUGUGCUGAUUCCUCAGUGGAGGAGCUCUCCUCUGUCACAGGGGAGGACCAGGGGAGCCUCACUUCUGAGGCGCUCGCUGUAAAUUCUAACAAACAAAACCCACGAGUCCUCUUGGACAGUGUGAGUGGUAGAGAUGUGUGCUUACCGAGCAGGGACUACAUGAGUCCUCUGGAGGACCCCGUAUCCCCCUCAGCUGCUUCCUUGGACAAUGUGGAGGAUGUGUUUGUCCUGCCUCAGGCCUCCAGCUCACCCAGUGGUGAUGACUCUUAUCUAGAGACAGUAAAUGAAGGGGCUGCCUUGAGGACAGAGGGGGUUAGUGAUACUACUUCAAGGUUAGACGCCAGCGCUGAGAAUCAGCAGCCUGUCAGUAGACGGAAGGCAGUGUUGGAGCCUUUGGUUGUCCCGACAGAUGAUGUUUUUGUGUCAGAUGUUCCCAAAAAUAAACCCAAGACUGUCACCUCACACAUGAACGGGAAUGCGAAGGCACUACUGGGAACGUUAAAAGGAAAAAAGCUGCCUGUGCGACCUGGUAGAGGUACACGCUUGGAUGCUAUAGUUAUGGACAUAAAUUCCAGGCGGUAUAAAGUGUCCGGAUGCAUACGUAAUAAAAAAGCAAAAACUUCCCAGUUGCCAGCUGGCGAUUCUAAAUUAGCCACUUGUGAGAGAAAUGCCACCCUGUCAGCAGGAAAAAGGAGAAACCGAGCGAAGGCGCCUUUCUCAGUGAAAACAAAGAAACAACAAGCAGUAGCUUCAACAACAAAGGAUAGAACCACCAUGAACACUGACAUCUGCAAAACCAUCAUUCCUGAAUGCAAUUAUUCUACUAAGUCUAAUGGCAACUUAUCUCCAAAAAAACAUCCUUUCUCUGUUCACAAGAAGUCAAAGAGCGGCCCAGAGGAUGUUCUUCACCCUGCACAUGAACCACGGACCAGGCGUGUGAGGUUGAAGAGGAAACCCUCAUCCCACUCAGGUCCUCAGUUUGAUGUGCACAACAACUCAAAGGAGCAGGAGCAAAUAUCCCACCCUGACCCCUUAGUGGAAAUUCACACUGCUAGAUUUUCCACAAGACCAUCGUCAAAAUCGCCAAAGAAAAGCCAAGACAAGACCGCCGGUAGCAAACAAUCCCCCGCUGACAAGACCGCCGGUAGCAAACAAUCCCCCGCUGACAAGACUGCCGGUAGCAAACAAUCCCCCGCUGACAAGACCACCGGUACCAAACAAUCCCCCGCUGACAAGACCACCGGUACCAAACAAUCCCCCGCUGACAAGACCACCGGUACCAAACAAUCCCCCGCCGACAAGACCACCGGUAGCAAACAAUCCCCCGCCGACAAGACCACCGGUAGCAAACAAUCCCCCGCCGACAAGACCACCGGUAGCAAACAAUCCCCCACCGACAAGACCACCGGUAGCAAACAAUCCCCCGCUGACAAGACCACCGGUAGCAAACAAUCCCCCGCUGACAAGACCACCGGUAGCAAACAAUCCCCCGCUGACAAGACCACCGGUAGCAAACAAUCCCCCGCUGACAAGACCACCGGUAGCAAACAAUCCCCCGCUGACAAGACCACCGGUAGCAAACAAUCCCCCGCUGACAAGACCACCGGUAGCAAACAAUCCCCCGCUGACAAGACCAAGGCAGCUGGUAUUCGCAAGAAAAGGCCAAAGAAAUGCACAUGGAGUCAGUAUUCCUCCAUUUUCUCCCCGAACGAGCCAGAGAUAAAGUUAAAGUACAUCAACUUUAGAGAGGACAAAAAGGACUAUAGGUUGGACAGUUUGUCUCCAUUUGUCCACGUGGAGCAUCAGCAGUCGGCAUCAUCACUGUGUACUAUCAUCAACUACCCCGAGGAGCUGGGCCCACAACACAAGAGGGUCCAGCAGCAGCAGGCUCAGCACUUGGGCUUUGUUUCUGCAGGCGUCCCCAGCUCAUCCUCCCUGCAGCUGGGCCGCCCGUCCACACUCGGCCGGCAGCAGCGCGCUCUGGUCUGCUGCCUGUGUGAACGGGCGGCCAACGCCAUGGACUUGGGUGACCUUCAUGGCCCCUAUUACCCAGAAGGGUACCAGCCAAUCAGCAAAAGGCCGGGCCUCAAAGAGGACGGGGACGACUACAGCGACGCAGACUCUUCGUCCUACAGAGUCCGAGGCAAGAGGAGGAAACGUGCCAUUCCACUCACAGCGGGGCCCCUCAGGCCUUCUCAGCAGAAGCAGAAGGGCCUGGACAGCUACCGGGGGGCCGCCAACAAAAGCGGCAGCCCCGAGGCUAAGCGGGCGCGGGCAGACGGCGGCCAGGCGGCUGUGGAGGACUGGUACAGCCCGCCUGUGUUGCCUCAGCAGCCCUGCGAGUACUGGCUGCACGAGGACUGCGGCAUCUGGUCGGCGGGCGUCUUCCUGGUCAAAGGCAAAGUGUACGGACUGGAGGAGGCUGUCAGGGCGGCUCAGGAGACCAGGUGCUCGGCCUGCAGUCACCACGGUGCCACGCUGGGCUGCUUCUCCAAAGGCUGUGCCAACAAGUACCACUACAGGUGUGCUGUGGCCUCAGCAGACUGUGAACUCAUCGAAGAAAACUUUUCCAUGAAGUGUAAGAAACACAAGAACAGGACACUCAGAGCCCCUCCAGGGAAGCGACGGGAGGACCGGUGACGCAGCAGAACCCUCGUACGGUCGACAUUCACACGCAACGUCCAGUGGGCCUCUCCUUCCGCCUGCUGGUAUCCAUGGCAACUGUGGAGCCGGGUUCCUGUGACUGAACGCUACCACCAGUAAACCUUAACUUCCCCCCUUGUGCUGGUUAACCCCUCAUACUGUGGCUGGAAACCCCCCCGUCACCCAACCUCGUCAAGUGCUCUUUUGUGUCUUCUCUCUGUAGUUAUUUAUAUUACGUUUUUGUUUAUGGACUAAACAUGAAUUACAAUCAAAGAUUGAAUUUCUUCAAAAUGAUGCAAGUGUUUGAUUUACUAAGUUUUAUUUAUUCCUGGGAUUUUGCUUUUCCUUGUCCAUGAGGUUUGGUUGUGUGUAGUCCAGUAGCUGCUGGUGGGUGGGGCUAUGACUCAGUGAACAGGGCACGUGAUUGGGCGCCGUCGACACGAGGGUUCCCCAGUAGACGCGUAGCCACUGGGGGCCACUGGGGGCUACUUGGGGCACUGGGCCGUGUGCGCUUGAAUGUAUUCACCCCAUGUGAGGUUUCUUUGCAGAAAGCACUUUAGUGUAACCCCCGCCCCACCCGGCCACGCCCCCUUGCAUCAUUGGUUUCGCGCUCCGUCAUGCAGCUCUCAGAGCUCAUUCAGCCAUCAAUAUGACCGCUCGAGAUUUGAACAUGCUUAAAGCACUUAAGAGAAUUAAAAUAAUGCUGUGUGUUGUUUGUCUGCUCCAACCAGUUUGGACCUUUUUUUUAAGUAGUUUGCACAUUUGAUUUGUGAAGUUGGAAACAUGCAGGCUUCAUUUUUUUUCCCUAAAAGUCAAGGAAUUCCUUUCAGUUUCCAUUUAUUUGAAUCUCCCCUCCACUUUCUCACAACUGCAAAACCAUCUUCUGUUGAGUUUCAUUUCGAGCUUUGCUGCACAUUAUUUAGAAAUGAAAGCACCACUCGGCUUCUCCGGAGUCACUGAAGUCUAAGAAGCUGUUUUCAGACUUCUGCCUGAAAUCUUUUCUUAUUUCCAUCUUGAUUUCAAUAAGAAUGACUGGCAUUUAUGUUCUACCACCACCUUUCUCAAACAGCUGAUGUGUUAAAUACAGUUUUGGUUUUACUGCAUUGUGGAUGUACGUCACCUUUCUUUGGCCUGAAGCAGCCUGAGCGCCCUGUGACGCUGCGUGCUGUUUGGUUCUAAUACUGGCGGCGAUGCCGCCUCCACACACCGGUGCACGCUGCGUUACCCGCGUACUGACGACAGCAUUGCUACCGGUGUUCUUCAGGUGAUGGACCUGCCUGCUUGUUCUGUACGUUCUCCACUAGGGCUGCUGUUUGAGACCAGUGAGGCUACGAAGCCUCGUCUCCAUGCUAAUGAAUGUUCACACAUACAGACACAAUGUCCUCUCAUUUGUGCAUCCGUAUGUUCAGUGUAUUAUAAUAAAUUACAGGCAGUUUUUCGUUAGACCGGGUUUUGAACUGAUGUUUAUCAUAGAAUGUUCUGUAUGCCGCGUUAAUCUCAGGGCUGGAGCUCAAACGUUCUGAAGUGUUGUGUGACUUGUUUUCUGGAACAAUGCUACUUCCCAUUCCAACCUCUGCGCUGUGACCGGGUUCAACGUGGGACGAGGACUGUAAACUCGUGUCCCUUUCAGGGUCUUUAUUUUAUGCCAUCUUUUUGUACCAUCUUGCUCACCUCUUAAGGCAUCAGAGGUCGUUGUCAAAAAUAAAUAUUUUAUUCAA